GAGAGAAUGAGUUUGUGUCAAGUGAUGAGCUUUGUUAAAAUAUUUAAUAUCAGAUAUGUAUUAAUCACUCUUUAAAAUAUCAUAUGCAAGAGAAAAACAAAAGAGCUGCCGACAAGAAAAUAAACCUGUCCAGAAAAGUCAACCAUUAACAUGAAAGAAACAAAACAUAAUGGGCACUCUGCACUCUAAAAAAUGGGCUUAAGCAGUGUAUAAAAUAAAAGAAGUAUGUGUGUAACAUACUAAUCAUAUAAAAAAAAUUAAGAUUAAAACCAUAUAAUUUCCUUAACACAAUUAUUUUGUUGUAUAUUUUACUUGUCCAUGCUAAGGUGGUCACUGUUAUCAUAUUAUUUCCACGAAACUUCACAUUGCCUAACACGCCAUUCUCACUACAAUUCAUCUUUGAAAAAAAUGGACUAUUACAGGUCAUUUUCUAUUCCCAUCUUCCCAACAAAAAUGGGGUUCUCUUGUUGUCCUUUUUCUCUAGUUUUCUUCCUCACCAUUUUCAGUUGUCUUUCUCUGAGCCUUUCACAGCAGCCUUAUGUGGGAAAGUCCACAACAACUUGUUCCAUUAAAGAUAGUUCAAACUCUGUUCUUGGAUACACCUGUAAUGGGGUUAACAGAAGUUGCAUAGCUUACCUUACUUUCAGAUCAUUUCCCCCAUACGACACCGUUUCUGCCAUCUCUCAUCUAUUGGCUUCAGACCCUUCUCAAAUCUUAGAUAGAAAUUCAGUUUCCAAGGCUAAAACUUUCGAAACAAACAAGUUAGUGAUUGUUCCAGUUAAGUGUUCCUGUUCUGGUGAGUUAUAUCAGGUUAACACAACUUAUGUUAUUCAACACAAUGACACUUUCCUAUUAAUAGCUAAUAACAUUUUCCAAGGUCUCACUACUUGUCAAGCUCUUGAGGAUCAAAACAGUAAUCUCACUACUAGGCUCUUAUAUAGUGGGACAAGAAUAAAUGUCCCUCUUAGAUGUGCUUGUCCUACAAAGAACCAAACUGAAUUGGGUCUUAACUAUCUAUUAACAUACUUAGUUGCAAAAGGUGAUUUUGUUUCAAGUAUUGCUAAUAGAUUUGGUUCUGAUACUGGUUGGACUUUACAAGCCAAUGAUCUUUCUGAGCAAAACCCCACCAUUUAUCCUGUUACCACACUUUUAGUUCCUCUUAAGAAUCCACCAUCAGGUUCCGAAAUCAUAGAGCCACCACCCCCACCGCCACCAUCUCUAUCAUCGCCUCCUUCCUCUUCAACCGAAAAAGACUCGAACAAGACAUGGAUUUAUUCUCUUCUUGGUGCUGUUGGAGGAAGUGUUGUUAUAUUGGUCAUAGGCAGCAUUAUGUUCUGCAUUGUCUUCCAUAAAAGAAAGAAGAAAACAACUUCUAAUGUUGUCUCGGAAAACACUAUGGCACAUGAAACAUUAGUAGAAGAAAAGUUGGAGGAAGAAGAAGAAGAAUCCAAGGACUUAAUGGAGAGUAUAUCUAUGAUAGCUCAAUCAGUAAAUAUUUACAGUAUUGAGGAACUUCAGCUAGCAACAAAUGAGUUCCAUCCAAGUUGUUGGAUUAAAGGUUCUGUCUUUUGUGGCAAACUCAAUGGAGAUUUAGUUGCCAUAAAGAAAAUGAAUGGAGAUGUUUCAAAAGAGAUAAAGUUGCUUCAAAAGGUCAAUCAUUCUAAUCUGAUUCACCUCUCUGGUUUUUGUUUUCAUCAGGGUCAGUGGUAUCUUGUUUAUGAGUAUGCUGCUAAUGAUUCCUUAAGUGAUUGGAUCUAUAAUGACAGCAAAGAUGGAAUCUUUCUGAGUUGGAAUCAAAGAAUUCAAAUUGCUUUAGAUGUAGCCACAGGACUUAAUUAUCUUCACAGCUUCACCACUCCACCUCAUCUUCACAAGGACAUAAAGGCCAGCAACAUCCUUCUAGAUAGUGAUUUCAGGGCUAAAAUUGCGAAUUUCGGGCUAGCAAGGUUGGCAGAAGGUGAGGAAGGACAAUUUUCUUUGACAAAUCAUAUUGUUGGAAGUAUUGGUUACAUGGCUCCUGAGUACUUGGAAAAUGGAUUGGUAUCUACAAAGCUUGAUGUCUAUGCAUUUGGAAUUCUCUUGCUUGAAAUGCUCACAGGGAAAGAGAUUGCUGUAAUAUAUAAAGAGAAUAUGAACUUAUCUCAUGCAUUGAGUGCUGUGCUUAGUGAUGAAGUUGAUCAAGAAAGUUUAAAGCUUUUUAUGGAUUUUUCAAUGGAAGAGAAGUACCCUUAUGAACUUGCUAAGUUUGUGGUCAGAGUAACUUAUAGUUGCUUAGAGAAAAAUCCAGGAGCUCGCCCAACUAUGGCUGAGAUUGUCCAUUCUUUGACAAUAACCUUAAGCAAUUCAAUGGCUUGGGAAUUGUCAAAAACAACCUGACAACAACAUGGUAUAGCUCAUUUGUAGUUUUUAAUGGUUUUUUGUUUUGUAUUCCUAAAUUGAUGGCUUUUUUCAAAUAGCAUUAGGCAGAAGUGUUUAGUAAUGUUAAAUUCAUAUAGAAAGAGCAAUAAUCCUUCUUGACUGUCAAGGCUAACUGUAGUCAACAAAAAUCUCAUGAAGGACAAAAGAGUUUGAGAAAGUUUACUUAUGAAUGUCCUUCAAUGAAAGACAUUUGCUUGAAGUUAAAUCUACCAAUGGAUGAGGUGUUGUAAACUUAGAGUCUAUAGUCAUGCUUGUCACUUUUUUAACUGUAAAUUUUCAAUUUCAAGUUAAUAGUUUGCUCGGUCGUUUCAUA